UCCGAAGGAACUCUAGAAUCAUCGGGCUCAGCGAGAGCGUCAUGUUUGGAGCAGCAACGAAAUUUGCCAAGGGCGGGUACCACCAAGGUGCAUUGACAAAAAAUGACGUAGUUGCACUCCAAAAGGUCUUUUAUGCGAGCUCAUUCCUCCAGACGAGUACGCUUGCGCUCGCUAAGCUGUCUCUUCUUGUUUUGCUCCAUCGGGUAUUUGAAAUUAUGCGGGGAUUUCAAAUUACUUGCUGGGUGCUGGGAGUCAUUGUAUCCUUUUGGUGGACUGCCACAUUCUUUGCGGGAGCCUUUAUCUGCUAUCCGGCCUCUCACAUUUGGCAGCCCAAUGAGUCUGGUACCUGCGGAAACCAAGUACUAUUGGAUCUUAUUAGUCCAAUCCCUUGGGUACUCACAGAUUUUAUCAUCCUCAUCGCCCCUAUCCCCGUUAUACGUAAGCUUCAAUUGCCAAAAGAGCAGCGAAUUCGUGUGUUUGCUGCAUUUUUGAUUGGAGCAAUAACCUGUAUUGUUUCGGUGAUUCGCUACCGGACUCUAUUUUAUCCCCUGGAUGACUUUUCUUGGGGGAUUAUACCUGCGGCUGACUGGAAUCUCAUUGAGAUACAUGUCACAAUUAUGUGUCCGGCCCUGCUCACUUCUAGGCCAGUUGUGGCUUGGUUGAUUUCCAAUCUACGCCCGAGGUGGGUUUCUUUAGCGAGUUUGACUUGGACGAGACUCCCACGAUCGAGAGCAACUGGAGAAACUAGUAACUUAUCAGCAACAAAAGGCGCAUCUACUUCUAAUCAGAACAAGGUCUCUGGGAGUUCGGCUGAACUUAGAGAGGUCGUAAAUAAACCCCAUCCCAGUGAUAGCAGUUUGGUGGCAGCAUAUGAUAUACCUGAAGGGCAUGAAUGGGUCUGAGAAUAAGCCCGAAUGUAAACAACGACCCAAAAAACGAAAGGAGUAGCCAAU